UGUAAAAUAAAAAAAUAUCACGGAUUGAGCCAAAGGUGGAGCUAGCUGCGCUCUGCCAUGGAGGUCGUUGCGAGCUCUGCGAAUGCUUCUUUUCCCCUCCAUUGCUGUCAACAUACCCCAAUUCUAGCCAUCUCCAAUCCUCAGGUGUCACAGUGGAAGUGUUUUUCUUUAAGGGUAAUAGAAUCCAGGUUUUCAUUGACACAUAAGAGGAAGAAAGAUGUAGUUUUUACAAAUAGGAGUUGUGGAAAUGGAUUUUCAGUUGGGGUGGUGUCAAGGGUAAGCAACAUCUGUGUUCCUCAGUGUAGCUUGUUUAUGUGGGGUUUCCUUGGAAAAAGGAGGAAAUCUAAAAGUUUUAUAAGACUGAAGGAUUGCUCGGGGAAUUUAAGACAGCAUGCGUCGGUUCAGUUUGUGCGGUUGGUUGCUGGGGUGAUGUUGGUCAUGUCAGUUUCUUUGAGUUCAAGCAAGACAGCCUUGGCCUUGUCCGAAGAGAAUCUCCUCUUUCUGGAGGCGUGGAGAACAAUUGACCGAGCAUAUAUUGACAAGAGUUUUAAUGGACAGAGUUGGUUUAGGUAUAGAGAAGAUGCACUGCGCAAUGAACCGAUGAACAAUCGAGAAGAGACAUAUAUGGCAAUAAGAAAAAUGCUUGCUACACUGGAUGAUCCCUUCACAAGAUUUUUGGAACCUGAAAAGUUCAGAAGUUUGAGGUCUGGAACUCGAGGUGCUUUAACUGGAGUAGGGUUAUCAAUAGGCUACCCUACCAAAUCUGACAUGCCAACUAGUGGACUUAUUGUCAUUUCAGCUUCUCCAGGAGGCCCUGCAUAUAGAGCUGGUGUUUUGUCUGGAGAUGUUAUCGUGGCAAUUGAUGAUACAAACACAGAAAACAUGGGGCUGUAUGAUGCAGCUGAACGCCUACAGGGACCUGCAGGAAGCGCUGUAGCGUUGACCAUUCGUAGUGGUUUGGAUGUAAAGCACCUGACUCUAACGCGAGAGAAAGUUUCGUCGAAUCCAGUGACUUCAAGAUUGUGCAAGUUACCUUCUUCAGGAGAUGAUUCCCCAAGAGUUGGUUAUAUCAAACUGACAUCUUUCAACCAAAAUGCAUCUAGGGCAGUCAAGGAAGCAAUGAAUACAUUAAGGAGUGAAAAUGUUAAUGCAUUCAUUUUGGACCUUAGAGAUAAUAGCGGUGGUCUUUUCCCAGAAGGAAUUGAGAUUGCCAAAUUUUGGUUGGACAAAGGCGUGAUUGUGUAUAUUUGUGAUAGUCGUGGCAUUCGAGAUAUACUUGAUACAGAUGGAAGUAGUGCACUAGCAACUUCAGAACCUCUAGCUGUGCUGGUAAACAAGGGAACUGCUAGUGCAAGCGAAAUAUUAGCUGGUGCAUUGAAGGAUAACAAAAGGGCUGUAUUGUUCGGAGAGCCUACAUUUGGAAAAGGGAAAAUCCAAUCAGUUUUUGAGCUCUCAGACGGCUCUGGUCUAGUUGUUACGGUUGCUCGCUAUGAGACACCGGCACACACCGAUAUUGACAAGGUUGGUGUCAUUCCUGAUCAUCCUCUGCCAACAUCAUUUCCUAAGGAUGAGGAUGCAUUCUGCACUUGCCUUCAGGAUCCUGCAUCUUCUUGCCAUGUUAAUAGGGUCCAGCUAUUUCCAAGAUAAUCUUUUGUCUGUGGGUGCCUGCGCGCUUGUUAAUUCUUUGAAAAAAUUACAAUUCUUUAACAAACAUGAUGUUUUGGUUUCCAUUAAUUGUGAAAAGCAACGUUGUUGCCACAAAUUAAAUGAGUACAUAGGAAAACCAAAUACUCCAUGAGACUUUUGUUCCUGAAAAGUAACCAAACAAGGGAAAAGAAAACUACAACAAAUUAAUGUACAUGAAUCUGGAUUAUACACUAUACGAUAUUUAGCUGUGGUUGUCAA